AAUUGAGAUGCAGUCAGUGGGUGCACUUAGCGAGGCGGUCGAGAGAUGGCGCUGUUUCCACGCUGUCUAUUUGUUAGUGUGGUUUCUAGGAUACGGCUUGAGCGGAUGUUGAUGCGUUAGAUGCCUCUGAAUUAAAGUGCCUGCACAGGUAGUUAUGAUCAAAGGUUUUGCGUAAAAAUGUCGGACACGAUCGCAGAUCAUGAACACCGCAAUCCAAAUGGGGUAUUUUCCACUUUAAUGGCCAACGGGGACUGGCUGUACCUUAAAGGAGAGUAUAUAAAGGCUAUAGAUAACUACUCAUCGGCACUGACUUUAAAGCCUGAUGACAAGACGUGCUUUGUCGGCCGAUCCAAAUGUUACCUCAAGCUGGGUCAGCCAGGAAGCGCUUUAAAAGAUGCCGAGGCUUCACUCAAGGAAGACGAGACUUUUUUCGAGGGGUUGUACCAGAAGGCAGAGGCAUUAUACUUCAUGGGAGAAUUUGAAUUUGCGCUGGUGUUUUACCACAGAGGACAAAAGCUCCGUCCACAAAUACAGGAGUUCAGACUGGGGAUCCAGAAAGCACAGGAGGCCAUUGAGAACUGUGUUGGCAGUCCUUCAUCUGUAAAGCUGGAGAUUAAGGGAGACUUAUCAUUUCUCCAAAGAGAUGAGGAGAGGGCGCAGCCGAUCACUGCUAUUCAGCGUCUGACAAAGGAGAAAAGACAGGGGACCCAGAAGACUCCCAGGAAUGAGAAGACAACCAAACAGCUGCUGGGAGACUUUUACAGUGACAAGACAUAUUUGGAAAACCUGCUUAAAGAUGAAGACUUGGUCAAAGGCAAGACAAAGUGUGGGGAACGAUUGCAGGACGUCAUUCAGAGCUGCCUCUCGUACCUCGACACAUGCACCGAGUUCUGGAGCCAGGAGAAACCUAUUUGUGCACUGGACAGGGAACGCAAGAAAAAAUGUAGCAAGCCCCGUCUUAGCACACCCUCUGAUCCUGCCCAGUUCCUGCUGAAGAGCCUGGAUGACAUUGAUGCAGAGUUAACAUCUGGAAAUGCAGAAGGUAGUCUCAAGAAGGCGGAAGAAGUCAUGAAGAUAGUGCAGGGGUGGUCAGAGAAAGAGGUGCCCAAUAAGAACGAGGUUUUGGGCAGCCUGCACAGUUGUAUUGGAAAUGCCUUGAUCGACCUAGGAGACUUGGACAAAGCAUUAGACCAUUAUAACAAGGACCUGGAGUUGGCUAAACAGUGCAAACUCCCAGAUGCAACAUCCCGGGCUCUGGACAACAUUGGGCGGGUUUAUGCCCAAACUGGACAGUUCUUACGGGCCAUCGAGUUCUGGGAGAAGAAGAUUCCCUUGGUCCGUGGUGGUCUGGAGAAGACAUGGCUCUUUCAUGAGAUUGGUUGGUGUUACCUGGAGCUUAGUCGCCACAAGGAAGCCCGAGACUACGGCGUCCGUUCGCUUGCUGCAGCUGAUGAAAUUGCUGAUGAAAAAUGGCAGAUAAAUGCUAAUGUUUUGGUGGCACAAUCAGAAUUGAAACUUGGAAACGUUGAAUCCUGUGUCUCCCACUUUGAGAGAGCCUUGACCCACGCCAAACAGCAAGACAACGACGCUGCCAUGAAUGCCAUCCAGAAGGUUAGCGCCAAGCUGUCACAUGCUUCCCUUCACCUUCUUUUUUAGUUGCAUUUAAAGAUGCUUUUGACGCUGACUUUUAUCAUUUUGUUUUUAGGCUCUUGACGAAGCAAAGCAACAACUCCCACAGUGAAGAUGUCUUCAGUCAAGAUUUCUGUUGCUUCGGAAUACCAAUUGAGCAUAAAGGCCUAUGGUAGUGAAGAGUCCUAAAAUUAAAGUUGACAAAACAAAGAGAGAUCAAUAACAACAAUCUCCCUCAAAUGAGCAGUUGAGAGAUUUGAGUUUUUAAUGAACGCAAACAUGCAUCUUGAUAUGAACAUCAGAAACAAUUGUGUUUUGAGUUUAUGGUCAAAAAACAGGCUUACUGUAUAUAGUCUGACAUAGAAUUUUGGUAUUUUUACAUGUUUUAGUUGAACAUUUUUACAGUGCAUGAAAUUGUUUGUAUUAAUUUCAUCUGCUCAUAGGUCAUGCACAAGGGGACAUUUUGAGACGUGACUUCUCAAAGCUCAAAAUACAAACAGUCCAGUGUGAAAGACAAAUAUAAA